AUGGGCAAGCACGUGUUCGUGACGGUGGGCACCACUAAGUUCGACUCUCUAGUCCAAGCCGUCGACAACGCGGUGGUGCUGUCCAGCCUGUGCUCCAAAGGAUUCACGUCGCUUACUGUGCAGAUCGGCCACGGACAGCACGUGCCCUCCUUCCCUGUUGACCAGACAGCCCUCGAUUGUCGAUGGUACCGCUUCAAGCAGACGUUGCACGAGGACAUGGCAAGGGCGGACGUUGUCGUAAGCCAUGCAGGGGCUGGCUCUGUCAUGGAGGCUCUGGGACUGGGCAAGGCCCUCGUCGUUGUUGUGAAUCGUGCGCUCAUGGACAACCACCAAGAAGAGCUCGCCGAUGCGCUGGCGCAGCGAAACUAUCUCCGAGCAACCACUCCCGAGGGGCUGGCUGGCGCCCUGGUAGAGCUGGACGAUUCGCCCUCCGCUAGGAGACCCUAUCCUCCCGCCAAGCCAGAAGCGUUUGCGGCGAUUGUGGAUGAAGAGAUGCGCGCAGCGCAAGAUGGGAGAUAG